GACACGAUCGAGAGUAGCUGAGACUUUGUGCCCCCGUUGGAGAGAUGGUUGAGUCCUCGUCAAGGUUGCUGUGGUAUCCCAGAAACACCAUUCACUCCGAGCUGUGACCGCGCACCAUCAACAGCAACAACUCCGCUGCGCCUGGCCGAGGAAUAGGAAUUAGGAGCUCUCAAGAAUAAUAUGAAAGGGAUCUGCAGAGGGGAAAUCCGUGCAAAGGAAUCGAAAUUAGCAGACUUUUGGGAAAGGGGAUGUACUAAAUGUGGCCGGCUGGACUUCAUCCUGAUGAAGAAAAUGGAGAUUAAAAGUGGAUUUACAUUUUGGAACCUCGUCUUUUUAUUGAUGGUUUCGUGUGUGAAAGGAUUUAUUUAUACCUGUGGUGGAACUUUAAAAGGACUUAAUGGCACUAUAGAAAGCCCUGGCUUCCCAUAUGGAUAUCCAAAUGGUGCAAACUGUACCUGGGUUAUAAUAGCAGAAGAAAGAAACAGGAUACAGAUCGUCUUUCAGUCUUUUGCUCUAGAAGAAGAAUAUGAUUAUUUGUCAUUAUAUGAUGGGCAUCCUCACCCUGCAAACUUUAGGACAAGGUUAACAGGAUUUCAUCUUCCUCCACCUGUGACAAGUACAAAAUCUGUGUUUUCACUGCGCUUGACAAGUGACUUUGCAGUUAGUGCUCAUGGGUUUAAAGUUUACUAUGAAGAAUUACAGAGUAGUUCCUGUGGCAAUCCAGGAGUUCCACCCAAAGGUAUUUUGUAUGGUACAAGAUUUGAUGUUGGUGACAAAAUCCGAUACAGCUGUGUAACUGGAUAUAUUUUGGAUGGACACCCACAGCUUACUUGCAUAGCCAACUCUGUCAAUACAGCAUCGUGGGACUUCCCUGUUCCUAUCUGUAGAGCUGAGGAUGCUUGUGGAGGAACUAUGAGAGGAUCAAGUGGAAUUAUCUCGAGCCCCAACUUUCCUAAUGAGUAUCAUAAUAAUGCAGAUUGCACAUGGACAAUUGUGGCAGAGCCUGGUGAUACUAUCUCACUCAUAUUUACAGAUUUCCAAAUGGAAGAAAAAUAUGAUUAUUUGGAAAUAGAAGGUUCUGAACCACCUACAAUAGGGCUCUCUGGAAUGAAUAUACCUCCUCCAGUUAUAAGCAACAAAAACUGGCUCAGACUACAUUUUGUAACAGACAGCAAUCACCGAUACCGUGGAUUUAGUGCCCACUACCAAGUGAAAAAGGCCAUAGAUUUUAAAUCUAGAGGAUUUAAAUUGUUUCCAGGGAAAGACAACAGCAACAAGUUUUCUAUCUUAAAUGAGGGAGGUAUUAAACAGGCGUCCAAUUUGUGUCCAGAUCCUGGAGAACCAGAAAAUGGAAAACGGAUAGGCUCAGAUUUUAGCUUGGGAGCAACAGUACAGUUCUCCUGUGAUGAAGAUUAUGUGUUACAAGGUUCCAAAAGUAUCACCUGUCAGAGGAUAGCUGAAGUUUUUGCUGCAUGGAGUGAUCAUAGACCUGUAUGCAAAGUCAAAACUUGUGGAUCCAAUCUUCAGGGGCCUGGAGGCACUUUCACAUCACCCAAUUUUCCAUUUCAGUAUGACAGCAAUGCUCAAUGUGUGUGGGUCAUCACAGCUAUCAAUACUAAUAAGGUUAUACAGAUAAAUUUUGAAGAAUUUGAUCUGGAGAUUGGCUAUGACACACUAACAAUUGGUGAUGGAGGAGAAGUGGGUGAUCCUAAAACUGUACUUCAAGUGUUAACUGGGAGCUUUGUACCAGACUUAAUUGUGAGCAUGAGCAAUCAGAUGUGGUUGCACCUUCAAACGGAUGAAAGCGUGGGCUCAAUUGGUUUCAAGGUUAACUACAAAGAAAUUGAAAAAGAAAGCUGUGGGGAUCCUGGAACACCAUUGUAUGGUAUUAGAGAAGGGGACGGAUUUUCUAAUCGUGAUGUUUUAAGGUUUGAGUGUCAGUUUGGAUUUGAAUUAAUUGGAGAGAAAUCUAUCAUUUGCCAAGAAAACAACCAGUGGUCUGCAAACAUACCAAUCUGUAUUUUUCCCUGUCUUUCUAAUUUCACUGCACCAAUGGGAACAGUUCUUUCACCCGAUUAUCCAGAGGGAUAUGGGAAUAAUUUAAACUGUAUCUGGACAAUAAUUUCAGACCCUGGAAGCCGAAUUCAUCUCUCCUUUAAUGACUUUGACUUGGAAUCACAGUUUGACUUCCUUGCAGUUAAAGAUGGCAACUCUGUAGAUUCCCCCAUAAUUGGAACAUUUACUGGUGCUGAAGUUCCUUCCCAUCUUACCAGUAAUGGUCAUAUUUUGCGUCUGGAAUUUCAAGCUGACCAUUCAAUGUCAGGACGUGGAUUUAACAUCACAUAUAACACAUUUGGACAUAAUGAGUGCCCAGACCCUGGAGUGCCAAUCAAUGCUCGGCGUUUUGGUGACAACUUUCAGCUGGGGAGCUCAAUUUCAGUUAUAUGUGAAGAAGGUUUUAUUAAAACACAAGGAACUGAAACGAUUACAUGUAUGCUAAUGGAUGGAAAAGUAAUGUGGAGUGGACCAAUUCCUAAGUGUGGAGCUCCAUGUGGUGGGCAUUUUUCAUCUCCAAGUGGAGUAAUCCUCUCUCCAGGCUGGCCAGGGUAUUAUAAAGAUUCCUUGAAUUGUGAGUGGGUGAUAGAAGCUGAACCUGGACACUCUAUCAAAAUUACAUUCGAAAGAUUUCAGACUGAACUUAAUUAUGAUGUUUUGGAAGUUCAUGAUGGACCAAACCUAUUAUCUCCACUUCUGGGUUCUUACAAUGGCACACAGGUCCCACAGUUUCUGUUUAGCAGUAGCAAUUUCAUGUAUCUUCUCUUUACAACUGAUAACAGUCGUUCUAACAAUGGAUUCAAAAUUCACUAUGAAAGUGUAACUGUUAAUACUUACUCUUGCUUGGAUCCUGGCAUACCAGUGCAUGGACGUCGUUAUGGACAUGACUUCUCUAUAGGUUCCACUGUCUCAUUUAGUUGUGAUCCAGGUUAUAGGCUGAGUCAUGAGGAGCCUUUACUAUGUGAAAAAAAUCACUGGUGGAGUCACCCACUCCCAACUUGUGAUGCUUUAUGUGGUGGAGAUGUUAGAGGACCUAGUGGAACAAUUUUAUCUCCAGGUUAUCCUGACCUAUAUCCAAAUUCACUGAAUUGCACAUGGACUGUGGAUGUUACCCAUGGAAAAGGUGUGCAAUUCACCUUCUACACAUUUCAUUUGGAGGAUCAUCAUGACUACUUGCUGAUAACAGAGAAUGGCAGUUUCACACAGCCAUUGGCACGUCUGACUGGCUCAGAGCUUCCUUCACCAAUCAAUGCUGGUCUCUAUGGAAAUUUCAGAGCUCAGUUGCGGUUUAUUUCAGAUUUUUCAAUAUCAUAUGAAGGAUUUAAUAUUUCUUUCUCUGAGUAUAAUCUUGAACCUUGUGAAGAUCCUGGGGUCCCACAAUUUGGUAACAGAAUAGGGUUUAAUUUUGGUGUUGGAGAUAUUCUGACAUUCUCCUGUUCCUCUGGAUAUCGUUUAGAAGGAGCUUCAGAGGUUAUUUGUCUUGGUGGUGGACGACGAGUAUGGAGUGCACCUCUGCCAAGGUGUGUGGCUGAAUGUGGAGCCUCCACGACAAAUAAUGAAGGAAUCUUAUUGUCCCCCAAUUAUCCUCUUAACUAUGAAAACAACCAUGAAUGUAUUUAUAGUAUUCAGGUACAAGCAGGGAAAGGAAUCAAUAUUUCUGCCAGAACAUUUCACUUAGCCCAAGGAGAUGUUCUUAAGAUCUAUGAUGGAAAAGACAACACUGCUCACCUGCUGGGAGCAUAUACUGGGGCAUCAUUAAGAGGUCUGACACUAAGUAGCACUUCAAAUCAUUUAUGGUUGGAAUUUAACUCGGACAUGGAGGGCACUGAUGAAGGUUUUCAGCUUGUGUAUACCAGUUUUGAGCUGUCACAUUGUGAGGACCCUGGUGUGCCACAGUUUGGAUAUAAAAUCAGUGACCAAGGUCACUUUGCUGGAAGUACUAUAAUUUAUGGAUGCAAUCCAGGUUACACUCUCCAUGGAAGUAGCCUUCUGAAGUGUAUGACUGGGGAAAGAAGGGCAUGGGACUAUCCUCUACCAUCAUGCAUUGCUGAAUGUGGAGGACGGUUUAAAGGAGAGUCAUCAGGAAGAAUCUUGUCUCCUGGCUAUCCUUUUCCCUAUGACAACAAUCUGCGUUGCAUGUGGGUGAUUGAAGUGGACCCAGGAAAUAUUGUCAGCCUCCAGUUUCUUGCUUUUGAUACUGAGGCAUCCCAUGAUAUUCUUCGAGUUUGGGAUGGUCCACCUGAGAAUGAGAUGUUGCUCAAAGAAAUUAGUGGCUCUCUUAUUCCUGAAGGCAUUCACAGUACACUCAACAUAGUCACUAUCCAGUUUGACACAGAUUUUUAUAUCAGUAAAUCUGGAUUCGCCAUACAGUUUUCAAGUUCUGUAGCCACUGCAUGUCGUGAUCCUGGUGUCCCCAUGAAUGGGACUAGAAAUGGUGAUGGAAGAGAACCUGGAGACACUGUUAUAUUUCAGUGUGACCCUGGCUAUGAACUUCAAGGAGAUGAAAGAAUAACCUGCAUUCAGGUAGAAAAUCGGUACUUCUGGCAGCCAAACCCACCAGUCUGUAUAGCUCCCUGUGGAGGAAACCUGACUGGCUCAUCAGGUUUUAUACUUUCACCAAACUUCCCUCAUCCUUAUCCCCACAGCAGAGAUUGUGACUGGACUAUCAAUGUUAAUAGUGAUUAUGUUAUAUCAUUAGCAUUUAUCAGCUUCAGUAUAGAACCAAAUUACGAUUUUCUUUAUAUCUAUGAUGGGCCAGACAGUAAUAGCCCAUUGAUUGGGAGCUUUCAAGAUAGCAAACUGCCAGAGAGGAUAGAGAGCAGUUCGAAUACCAUGCAUCUGGCUUUUCGGAGUGAUGGAUCUGUUAGUUUUACUGGAUUCCACCUGGAGUACAAAGCAAAACUUCGUGAGUCUUGUUUUGAUCCUGGAAAUAUAAUGAAUGGAACAAGACUUGGAAUGGAUUAUAAACUGGGUUCCACUGUUACAUAUUACUGCGAUGCAGGGUAUGUUCUUCAAGGAUACUCUACAUUAACAUGUAUCAUGGGAGAUGAUGGAAGACCUGGAUGGAACAGAGCCCUGCCCAGCUGUCAUGCACCCUGUGGAAGCCGAUCAACAGGUUCUGAAGGGACUGUGUUAUCACCAAACUACCCCAAGAAUUACAGUGUUGGUCACAACUGUAUUUACGCUAUCACUGUUCCUAAGGAAUUUGUUGUUUUUGGCCAGUUUGUGUUUUUCCAGACAUCACUCCAUGACGUUGUGGAAGUAUACGAUGGCCCAGCUCUACAGUCUUCUUUGUUAUCCUCUCUCUCAGGAUCUCAUUCAGGUGAAUCCCUCCCAUUGAGUUCGGGGAACCAGAUCACAGUCAGAUUUACCUCAGUUGGACCAAUAACAGCUAAAGGAUUUCAUUUUGUUUAUCAAGCUGUUCCAAGAACAAGUGCAACACAGUGUAGCUCUGUGCCUGAACCAAGAUUUGGAAAAAGGAUUGGAAAUGAAUUUGCAGUUGGUUCACUGGUUCUUUUUGAGUGCAAUCCAGGCUAUAUCCUCCAUGGGUCGACAGCAAUUAGAUGUGAUACAGUACCAAAUGCAUUGGCACAAUGGAAUGAUUCACUUCCUACAUGUAUUGUGCCCUGUGGUGGUAUUUUAACAAAGCGCAAAGGGACCAUUUUAUCUCCUGGUUAUCCUGAGCCUUAUGACAACAAUCUGAAUUGUGUGUGGAAGAUCACAGUACCAGAGGGAGCUGGGAUUCAAGUGCAAGUGGUGAGUUUUGCCACAGAACACAACUGGGAUUCCUUAGACUUUUAUGACGGUGCUGACAACAAUGCUCCAAGGCUUGGAAGUUAUUCAGGAACAACCAUACCUCCACUUCUAAACAGCACAUCAAAUAAUCUGUACCUCAAUUUUCAAUCUGAUAUCAGUGUUUCAGCUGCUGGAUUUCACCUUGAGUAUACAGCUAUAGGUUUGGACUCUUGUCCUGAACCACAGACCCCAAGUAAUGGGAUCAAAAUUGGAGACAGAUACAUGGUUGGAGAUGUGGUGUCUUUCCAGUGUGACCAGGGUUAUUCUCUUCAGGGACAUUCACAUAUCACUUGUAUGCCUGGACCAGUGAGAAGAUGGAAUUAUCCCAUUCCAAUAUGUUUAGCACAAUGUGGUGGUGGCAUGUCAGACUUCAGUGGAGUGAUUCUCAGUCCGGGGUUUCCUGGCAACUAUCCUAGCAGUUUGGAUUGCACAUGGACAAUAAAACUGCCUAUUGGGUUUGGUGUCCAUCUGCAGUUUUUGAAUUUCUCAACGGAGACCAUACACGAUUACUUAGAAGUUAGGAGUGGAUCUACAGAAACUAGCACCGUUAUUGGGAGACUAAGUGGGCCUCAGCUACCAGCCUCUCUGUUCAGCACAACCCAUGAAACCAGCUUAUACUUUCACAGUGAUUACUCACAGAACAAACAAGGAUUUCAUAUUGUAUAUCAAGCAUAUCAGCUUCAAAGCUGUCCUGAUCCUCGACCAUUUCGUAAUGGUUUUGUUAUUGGAAAUGACUUUACUGUGGGACAAACUAUUUCAUUUGAGUGUUUUCCUGGCUACACAUUGAUUGGAAAUUCAGCUCUGACUUGUCUUCAUGGCAUCAGCCGCAAUUGGAAUCAUCCUCUCCCCAGAUGUGAAGCUCUGUGUGGAGGAAACAUAACUGCAAUGAAUGGCACCAUAUACUCUCCAGGAUACCCUGAUGAGUACCCAAACUUUCAAGACUGCUUCUGGCUUGUAAGAGUUCCACCUGGGAACGGAAUCUACAUCAACUUCACAGUUCUCCAAACAGAACCGAUAUAUGAUUUCAUAACUGUCUGGGAUGGACCAGACCAAACUUCCCCUCAAAUUGGACAGUUCAGUGGCAACACUGCAUUAGAAUCAGUCUAUAGCACUUCCAAUCAGAUUCUGAUAAAGUUUCACAGUGACUUUACUACCAGUGGCUUCUUUGUACUUAGUUAUCAUGCCUAUCAGCUCCGUGUCUGCCAGCCUCCAGCAAAUAUACCAAAUGCUGAAAUUCUAGCUGAGGAUGACGAAUUCGAAAUAGGAGACAUAAUAAGGUACCAGUGUCAACCUGGCUUUACCCUGGUUGGCAAUGAGAUCCUGACAUGCCGACUAGGGGAAAGACUUCAGAUGGAUGGAGCACCACCUACUUGUCAAGUGCUCUGUCCAGCCAAUGAAAUGCGUCUGGAUUCAACAGGCGUAAUCCUGAGCCCUGGAUAUCCUGACAGCUACCCAAAUCUCCAGAUGUGUGCGUGGACCAUUACUGUGGAAAAGGGUUAUAAUAUCAGCAUGUUCUUUGAAUUCUUCCAGACAGAAAAGGAAUUUGAUAUACUUGAGGUUUUUGAUGGACCAAAUAGUCAUAGCCCAUUGCUCAUAUCUCUCAGUGGGGACUACUCAUCUUCUCUAAAUAUAACCAGCAAUGGCCAUGAAGUAUUUCUCCGGUGGUCAGCAGAUCAUGGCACCAAUAAAAAGGGUUUCAGGAUAAGAUAUAUAGCUCUCUACUGUAGCACCCCAGAGUCGCCCCCGCACGGUUUCAUUGUCAGUCAGACAGGCGGACAGCUCAACAGCAUGGUUCGCUGGGCUUGCGAUCGAGGCUUUCGGCUCAUUGGGAAAAGCACUGCUGUGUGCAGGAAGUCUCCAUAUGGCUAUUACUCGUGGGAUGUUCCAGUCCCAGCUUGUCAAGCAAUAUCUUGUGGAAUUCCUAAAGCUCCUGUAAAUGGUGGGAUAUUAACCACAGAUUACUUAGUUGGCACCCGUGUUACUUAUUUUUGCAAUGAUGGAUAUAGGCUAUCAGCCAAAGAGCUUACUACUGCAGUCUGCCAGCCGGAUGGUACCUGGAGCAAUCACAAUAAAACACCUCGCUGUGUAGUUGUUACAUGUCCGAGCAUCAAUUCUUUUACCCUGGAACAUGGAAGAUGGAGGAUAGUGAAUGGUUCACACUAUGAAUAUAAAACAAAAGUAGUUUUCAGCUGUGAUCCUGGGUAUUAUGGUUUGGGACCAGCAUCUAUCGAGUGUCUUGCUAAUGGCACCUGGAGUUGGAGAAAUGAGCGGCCUUACUGCCAAAUUAUUUCCUGUGGAGAACUUCCUACACCUCCAAAUGGGAAUAAAAUUGGAACUCAAAUCACAUAUGGAUCUACAGCUAUAUUUACUUGUGACUCAGGAUACAUGCUAGUUGGCUCUGCAGUGAGGGAAUGUCUGUCAUCUGGACUCUGGAGAGGAAUUGAGACCAGAUGUUUAGCUGGUCACUGUGGUAUCCCAGAUCUUAUAGUCAAUGGACAAGUAAUAGGAGAAAAUUAUGGAUAUAGAGACACCGUUGUUUACCAGUGCAGUCCUGGUUUUCGGUUGAUUGGCUCUUCUGUAAGAAUUUGUCAACAGGAUCACAACUGGUCUGGCCAACUUCCAUCCUGUGUGCCUGUCAGCUGUGGUCACCCUGGUAGUCCUAUUUAUGGAAGAACAAGUGGAAAUGGUUUCAACUUCAAUGAUGUUGUGACAUUUUCAUUGGUCAAUUGUUCUGAUCCUGGAAUUCCUGCAAAUUCUAUAAGAGAAAGUAAAAUCGAACAUGGAAAUUUCACCUAUGGCACAGUGGUAUUUUAUGACUGCAAUCCUGGAUAUUUUUUAUUUGGCUCUUCAGUUUUAAUUUGUCAACCAAAUGGCCAGUGGGACAAACCUCUACCUGAAUGCAUUAUGAUUGACUGUGGACAUCCUGGAGUUCCUCCUAACGCGGUCCUGUCUGGAGAUAAAUACACCUUUGGUUCUACUGUCCAUUAUACCUGCACAGGUAGACGCUCACUGUUAGGGCAGUCAUCUCGCACGUGUCAGUUAAAUGGACACUGGAGUGGAUCUCUUCCUCACUGCUCAGGUGAUACAGCUGGUUCUUGUGGCGAUCCAGGUAUCCCAGGGCAUGGGUCUAGGGAAGAAAACAAUUUUAAAAUUAAAAGCACGAUACAUUUCAGCUGUGACAUUGGAUACAUCCUCCAUGGAUCAGAAGAGAGAACAUGUUUGGCAAAUGGAAGCUGGACAGGAAGACAACCUGAGUGCAAAGCUGUGCAGUGUGGUAAUCCAGGCACAACUGCUAACGGACGAGUACUUCGCAUUGAUGGAACUACAUUCUCUAAUUCAGUCAUUUAUUCAUGCAUGGAGGGAUACAUACUUUCUGGAUCAUCUGUAAGACAAUGCACUGCCAAUGGAACAUGGUCUGGAUCUUUGCCAAACUGCACAAUUAUCAGUUGUGGAGAUCCAGGAGUCCCAGCCAAUGGCAUGAGAUAUGGUGAUGAUUAUGUUGUUGGAAAAAAUGUUACUUAUAUGUGCCAACCUGGUUAUACAAUGGAAGCAUUGUAUUGUCCUCUAAAAAAAGGUGAAAUUAGCCCAUAUGGUUCUUCUAGUAAUUGUGUACAUCGGGGAUAUUUACAGCAGCUGGGCCUAAUUACUUUGAAUAUUAUUGCAGCUGUUACCUGCCCAACUCCUCCGCAGAUCUCUAAUGGAAGGUUGGAAGGAACAAACUUGGACUGGGGAUUUAGCAUUAGCUAUGUCUGCUCUCCAGGAUAUGAACUCUCUUUUCCUGCUGUUUUGACUUGUGUUGGGAAUGGAACAUGGAGUGGUGAAGUACCUCAGUGUUUACCUCACAGCUGUAAACAACCAGAAACACCAAGUCAUGCUAAUGUUGCAGGAAUGGAUCUCCCAUCACUUGGUUAUACAUUGAUUUACACUUGUCAGCCAGGCUUCUUCUUGGCUGGUGGAUCAGAGCACAGAGCCUGUAGGUCUGAUGGCACAUGGACUGGGAAGGUUCCAGUUUGUGAAGCUGGUUCUAAAAUAUUAGUGAAGGAUCCCAGACCAGCAUUGGGAACACCAAGUCCCAAACUAAGUGUUCCUGAUGAUGUAUUUGCCCAAAAUUAUAUAUGGAAAGGAUCUUACAAUUACAAAAGCAAGAAGCAACCCAUGACAUUAACAGUCACCAGUUUCAAUGCAACUUCAGGAAGAGUAAAUGCAACACUGACAAACAGCAAUAUGGAAUUGCUGCUAUCAGGAGUGUAUAAAAGCCAGGAAGCUCGGCUAAUGCUCCACAUAUAUCUCAUUAAAGCACCCUCCCAUACAUCUGCAAGCAAGUUGAAAGAGGAAAAAUGGGCUAUGGAUGGUUUUGUGGGAAAUGUUGUUCAAUUUCAGUGUAAAAAAGGACACCUGCUCCAUGGCUCAACAACACGAACUUGCCUUCCUGAUCUUACUUGGAGUGGAAUCCAGCCAGAAUGUAUACCUCACAGCUGUAAACAACCAGAAACACCAAGUCAUGCUAAUGUUGCAGGAAUGGAUCUCCCAUCACUUGGUUAUACAUUGAUUUACACUUGUCAGCCAGGCUUCUUCUUGGCUGGUGGAUCAGAGCACAGAGCCUGUAGGUCUGAUGGCACAUGGACUGGGAAGGUUCCAGUUUGUGAAGCUGGUUCUAAAAUAUUAGUGAAGGAUCCCAGACCAGCAUUGGGAACACCAAGUCCCAAACUAAGUGUUCCUGAUGAUGUAUUUGCCCAAAAUUAUAUAUGGAAAGGAUCUUACAAUUACAAAAGCAAGAAGCAACCCAUGACAUUAACAGUCACCAGUUUCAAUGCAACUUCAGGAAGAGUAAAUGCAACACUGACAAACAGCAAUAUGGAAUUGCUGCUAUCAGGAGUGUAUAAAAGCCAGGAAGCUCGGCUAAUGCUCCACAUAUAUCUCAUUAAAGCACCCUCCCAUACAUCUGCAAGCAAGUUGAAAGAGGAAAAAUGGGCUAUGGAUGGUUUUGUUUCUGCUGAACCUGAUGGAGCAACGUAUGUUUUUCAAGGAUUCAUCCAGGGUAAAGAUUAUUUAGGUCUUAACAUGUCUGAGGGUUCAAAUUCUUCUAAUCAACCACAUGGUACAAAUAGUAGUUCAGUGGCCAUUGCUAUCCUUGUGCCUUUCUUUGCCCUUAUAUUUGCUGGUUUUGGCUUUUAUCUUUAUAAACAAAGGACUGCACCUAAAACACAGUACACAGGAUGCUCUGUACAUGAAAAUAAUAAUGGACAAGCUGCUUUUGAAAACCCCAUGUAUGACACAAAUGCAAAGUCAGUGGAAGGGAAAGCAGUACGAUUUGACCCCAACUUGAACACUGUUUGCACAAUGGUAUAAUGUGGUAAUGAUUUGUCUUCAAAGUCUGGAAAUUGACACACAACACUGAACACACAGUUCACUAAUUAAAAAAAUAAAAAAAAA